AUGGCGCUGGAUCUCGACGACGGCUAUGUGGCUCCCGGCUUGGGCUCGGGCGGCGGCAUCGAGACAUCGCUUCCCAUCUUCAACGUCGAACGAGUGCAGCUGCAAUUCAACAUCGCGUCGGAUUUCGUGGCCGGCCAGGUCGCCAACAACGUGCUGAUCCUCGCCCUGGCCACGGGGCGCAUCUUGCGGAUAGACCUCGAGAGUCCGUCGGACAUUGAUGAUGUCGACCUGCCCAAAAAGACCAGCGAGGUCGGCCUCAUCCGUCGCAUGUUCCUCGACCCGUCCGCGUCCCAUUUGAUCAUCACCACCACCCUGGGGGAGAACUUCUACCUGCACAGCCAGUCUAAGCAACCUAAAGCACUGUCUCGGCUAAAAGGCGUCUCCAUCGAGUCUAUUGCUUGGAACCCCUCACAACCGACGGCCUCUACACGGGAGAUCUUGGUCGGCGCAGUGGACGGGAAUGUUUACGAGACAUACAUUGAGCCGGCGUCCGAGUUCUAUCGCCGCGAAGAACGAUAUUGCACACAUGUGUGGAAGAUCCCCGACGGCGCCGUCACGGGCCUCUGGGCAGAGACAAUCGACACCAAGGCAGACGUACGCAGGGUGAUUGUGGCGUCGCAUUCAAGACUCUGUCACUGGAUCGGCAAGACGGGCGGACGGGGGAAGGAAGGCUCAGCUUCCAUCUACGCCGAGCUGUUUUCAAAGGAAGCUCCCGUCACUCAUGACACUACUGGCGCCACGGCCACCGCGCCGUCGUCCUUUUCGGUGUCGCCCGAAUCACAAGACACCACCCCGGACUCAUAUCGCAGUUUCGCCUGGCUGUAUUCGCAGGGUGUCCUGACAGGCAAGCUGCUAACCUCACCUAUAUCGUCCUCUCUAGGCUCGAAGAUUUUUGGAGACGCGAAACUUCACCCUCGAUCCGUGUUUCCAGAAACGAUCUCGGCGCGUGGAGGACGAAAGCUGAUACAAGAUCCCAUCGUCUCUGCCAUUCUAUCUCAAUGGCACGUCCUGGCCCUUGCUGAAGGUCGCAUUGUCGCUGUCAAUCGCCUUGACGGAAGCAUUGUCUACGAUCAGGCGGUGCUGGAACCUGGACAGUCGGCGCUUGGCUUAGUGGCGGACCAGAAGAAGAAUACAUAUUGGCUUUUCACCAACCAAGAAAUCUUCGAGGUGGUGGCCCACGAUGAGGAGCGAGACGUCUGGAAGAUCAUGCUGAAACAACAAGAUUACGACUCGGCUCUUCGCUAUGCCAAAGGAGCGGCACAAAAGGACUCUGUGGCGACUGCGUCGGGAGACUACCUGUCGAGCAAAGGCCAGUACCUGGAGGCCGCGAGCGUGUGGGGAAAGAGCAGCAAAGCAUUUGAGGAAGUCUGCCUGUCCCUGAUCGACAAUGGACAAGAAGAAGCUCUGCGGAGAUACUUGUUGGCCAAGUUGGGCUCGUACAAGAAGUCGUCAAUCAUGCAGCGCGUCAUGAUAGCAACAUGGCUGGUGCAGAUCUUCAUGGCCAAAUUGAACUCGCUGGACGAUAUGGUCGCCACGAAAGCAGAAUUGCUCGAGCACACCGACGCCGGAGGUGCGCAACGCGAUUUGGACAAGGCUCGAAGCGAGUUCCAAGAAUUUGUGACCAAGUACAAGUCGGAUCUGGAUGCAAAGACGGUGUAUGAAGUCAUUUCGAGUCACGACAGAGAAGAGGAGCUUCUGUUCUUUGCCAACACCAUCACCGACUACGACUACGUUCUUUCGUACUGGGUGCAGCGAGAGAAAUGGAACGAGGCCUUGUCGGUUCUUAACAAACAGAGCAAUCCCGAGACGUUCUAUCGGUAUAGUAACGUGCUCAUGACACAUGUUGCAGUUGGACUGGUAGAGAUUUUGAUGCGACGGAGCAAUCUCGACCCGCAAAAGCUCAUACCCGCACUUCUCAGCUACAAUGAGAACGCCGAUGUGCCAUUGAACCAGAACCAGGCCGUGCGUUACCUGAACUUUGUGGUGACCAACAACUUCGAGGUGCCUGCUUCUGUCCACAACGCGCUCAUCUCGAUCAUGGCUUCGCAUCCGUCGCCAUCAGAAACUAUGCUGUUGGGAUACCUGGAAAGUCAACCGUCCCCUCCAUUCUACGAUGCGGACUUUGCGUUGAGGCUAUGUAUUCAACAUAACCGAGUGCAGUCAUGCGUGCACAUCUACAGUACCAUGGGACAAUACCAACAAGCAGUGGAACUGGCACUGCAGCACGAUGACAUUGAUCUAGCCGCAAUUGUCGCGGAUCGUCUGGAGGGUAACGACAAGGUGAGAAAGCGACUGUGGCUGCUCAUCGCCGAGAAGAAGAUCAAGGAGGCUGCAUCCAUCAAAGAAGCAAUCAAUUUCCUAAAAAGAUGCGAGCUGCUCAAGAUCGAAGAUCUGAUUCCCUUCUUCCCCGAUUUCGUGGUGAUUGACGAUUUCAAAGAGGAGAUCUGUGAGGCACUGGAGGAGUACUCGCGGCACAUUGACAGCCUCAAGCAGGAAAUGGACCUCUCGCAACACACGGCCGAGCAGAUCAAAGCCGAGAUUGCGGCACUGGAUCACCGUUAUGCCAUUGUGGAAGCUGGCGAGCGGUGUUGGAUCUGCACGCUGCCGGUCUUGAGCCGGCAGUUCUUUGUGUUUCCUUGUCAGCACGCCUUCCACAGCGACUGCCUGGGUAAGCGCGUGCUUGAGAGUUCGGGAAGCAGUAAGAGAAAGCGGAUCAAGGACCUUCAGACGGAAGUCAACCAGGGAUUGAGUGUGGGCGUGCAGCGACAGAAGCUAGUUGCCGAGUUGGACGGAUUGGUCGCGGAGCAAUGUGUUCUGUGCGGGGAUUUGGGCAUCAAGCAGGUCGACGAGCCCUUUAUCCACGAGGACGAUGAUGUGGAAGCCUGGGCCAUCUGA